AUGCACUAUGCUACCGAUCAGAUUCAAGUUCACAUGUUUUAUACUACAGAAGGAGAUUAUCGGGAUGCGCAGCAGCAAUUCGUGCUGGAUAAUGCUGAGCAUUCGCACCAAGUAGCUCAACUAACCUCCCAAUUGGCUAAUGAGGAGGCUCGCGUUCGUCUGCUAGACGAAAAAUUGGCCACAGUCGAAGCCCGGUCGGUGGUUAUCGCUAGCGAGGCAGCGGAAAAUGUGCGGAUUCAUGCGGAAGAUGAGGCUGCAACAAUUAGGGCCGAGCAACUUAACCAGCUGGAGAAAGAGACUUCUGCAAGAGUUCGUGAAUUAAAACAUUGUGAGCAGGAACUUUUGGCCAAGAACGAGCAGUUAUGUCGACAAGAGGAAAAGUCAACUACACUGGCUGAUGAAUUGAAGCUCCGCGAACAGGAAUUGGCCAGUAGACUUAAGCAGUUGAGCCAACAAGAGGUUCAGAUUUCUGCCAAAUUAGAAGAAUUAAAAAUUCGCGAACUAGAGACGGUGGCGAUCAUCAAGAAAGUCAGUCGCCGAGAGGAAGAAAUGGCUGCUAGAGAGGAAGAUCUGAGUCGCCGUGAGCAGGAGGUGAUUGUAAAAAUUGAAAAGUUAAGUCAACAAGAGAAAGAAAUAGUCGCCAAAUCGGGAAGUGUAAAGCGCUGUGAGGAGGAAGCUGUGACCGUAAAUGAACAGCUUAGCCGGCGUGGAGAAGCCUUGACUAUAAGACUGAAUGAGUUGGAACUACGUGAGAAGGAAGUGGCCUCUAGAAUCGAGUAUUGUGUCCGGCGGGAAAAGGAGGUUGCCACUGACGCAGAAGUUUUGAUGAUUCGCGAAAAAGAAGCUGCGAUUUUGAAUGAGCGUCUAAGCCGACUGGAAGAAAAUAUGGAUAUCAAAGCAGGAGAAUUGAAUAGUCGUGAACUGGAGUUAAAUAAGAGAGAUAAGCAGCUGAGCCGACAGAAUGAAGGGAGUGUUGCCAUAGCCGAAGAGAUCAAUCAUUGUAAACAAUCUGUGGAGGCCAGGAACGAAGAGCUGAUGCGGCUAGAGGAAAAGAUUUCAUCCAAGGCGGAAGAGUUGAAGCAAUGUAGUGAAGAUAUGGCUGCCAGAAAUGAGCAUUUAAAUCGGCGGGAGGAAGGUAUCAUCUCCAAAGAAAAGAAACUGCUGCUCCUCGAACGUGAAUAUGCGUCGAGAAAUGAUAAAUUGAAUCAGCAAGAGAUUAAUUUCGACACAAGUCAUGGAGCCUCGCGUCGUCGUGAGCAAGAAGAAACCGCCAAGUUAAGUCACCUCGAGGAAGAUGUGAUUGUUAGAGAGCAAAUGGCUCGUAAAGACGAUGAAACUGAAUCUUUGGUUGAAAUCAGGAAUCGUCAUGAGCAGAAUACAACAGCUAGAGAAAAAAAAUUAAGCUGGCGAGAGGAAGAGAGGCCUGUGAGAGAAGAGGAGCCUCAACUUUGUGAGUGGGAAACACCUACCAAGAAGAGGCUGGGCCAGCAAAAUGCGGAAUUAACUGCAAAAGUAGGCAAAUUGAAUAUUUCCACGUCCGAGUCAGAUACGCAAACUGGAGAGUGGCGAAGAGAGGUGGACCCACAAAAAGUCGGACCCAAAGAGGUGGGUGAAGGCAGCAUUAUCCCCAAAGGAGAGACUCAACUCGAAGUCUUGCUGCAAGAAAAACAAAACGCAUUGGCAUCCGCAGAAGCCCGAUUAAUCGAAAGCCAAGCCUCUGAAGGGGCAUUGAAAAAUUUAUUAUCCAAAGAACGGGAAAGGAGCGACGAGCUUCUCCAAGACAUGAAAGUCUCCAAACAACUAGCCGAUGAAAAGGAGAAGCUAGCUGAGUAA